AUGGCGAGCGCGCUCGCGCUGACGUCCGUCCGCGGGGUCGUCCCCCCGCGCGCGAACGAUGCGAACGCGCGAUCGCAUCGCGCGCUGUCGCGCCGACCGCGGCAUCGCGCGUGGAGCGUGAGCGUCCACGCCGCGAGCGCGGGCGAGGGUUCGUCCGCGGAUUCCUCCUCGCGCGCGUCCGACCCUCCCGGUCCCCCGCGCGGACGCGGACGGUCCGUCUCUCGCGGUCGACGCGGCGGCGGCGGCCGGGGCGGCAGCCGCGGUCGUGGAAGCGCCCGCGGCGGCCGCGCCCGCGGCGGAGGCCGCGGUGGACGCGGACGAGGCGAGCGCGGACGCGGCGCGGGGAGGAAAAGCGUCGACGGCGCGUCGGCGAUCGCGAGCGCGGUCGAGCUCGCGACGCGUCUACGUCUCUCUCGCGGCGUGGAGUCGCUCCCGAGCGCGAGGGACGUCGGGCACUGCCUCGCGGACUGCAAAGACGUCAGGAGCGAGGAAGCGUCCGACGCCGCGUGGGAGCUGUACGUCGCCGCGCGCGACGCGGGCGUCGUCGGUCGAUUCAACAUCAGGGAUCACAACUUCGCGUUGGGCGCAGUGUCGCAAGGCGUCGACGGUCCCUCGCGCGUGACGUCGAUAUGGGACGCGAUCACGCGCGCGGCGGUGCCCCCGAACGGCGUCACGAUGGCACUCCUCGCGCGCGGGCUGUGUCGGUCCUCCGCGGACGUCGCGUCCACGCUCGCGGUGUUGCGCGAAGGGAUCGUCCGCGGCGCCGCCGUGGACGCGUACGUGUUAAACGUGCUCCUCAACUCGUGCUUACGAGACGUCUCCCGGCGCGGAAAAGAGGCGAUCGAGGACGAGUCGAACGUCACCGCGGUGGAUCUCGGGAAGAUAAAAGAAGCCGCGCUGCUCGUGUGGGACGCGGGGAAGGACAUGCACAACGAGCGGACUCUGACGAGCGUCGUGAAAGUCUUGGGCGACUGCGGCGAUCACGCCUCCGCGGUGCGCACGUUCGACGAAGCGUGGGCGAAAGGCACGCCCGUGGACGUCGACUGCCUCGCGACCGCGCUGCGCGUGAUGUCGUCGGCGCCCGCGGAGCUGUACACGUCCCGCGACGUCCUCGCGCUGUACAGAAGAGCGCAGAAAGAGCGCGGCAUACGCCCGAACACGUUUUGCGCCAACGUCGUCCUCGCCGCGUGCAGCCGGGACGGAAACUGGAACUCCGCGCUGUCGCUGUGGCGGCACAUGCUCCGAAGGUCCGCCCCGGCGCCGGACAAGGCGUCGCUCGCGAGCGUGAUACUCGCCUGCGGCAGAGUCGGGAGAGGCGAGCUCGCGUUGAGGGCGUUCGAGGAAGGGAAGAGCGCCGGCGUCGAGUGCGACGUCGUCAUCGUCAACGUGCUGUUGGACGCGUGCGCAAAGUCGGACCGCCCCCCAGGGGAGGCGCUGGACAUCUUGAUGGACGCUAUCGAGAGCCGCAUAGCCGUGGACGCGUGCACGAUAUCGUCCCUUCUCACGGCGUACUGCAGCGGGUCGAGCGUCGCGGAGCCCGGGAUGCUCGACCAGGCGUUCGCGAUCGUCGAGCUCGGAAGGUUCUUGCGCGUGGAGCCGACGCCGGCGGUGAUAAACUCGCUCCUUCGCGCGUGCGUCGCCGCGGGGGAUUUACCUCGCGCAGUGCGCGCGUUCGAAGAGGCCGCGGUCGUCGGCGCGGGACCGGAUGACAUCGCGGUCGCGGACAGCUCGAGCGUGAGCGUGCUCGUGGAAGGGUACGCCGCGACCGGGGACGUCGCCGCCGCGGCUUCGAUGCUCGACCUCGGUCGCGACCUCGGGAUCGAGAUCGCGGAAUCCACGGUGGUGCUGUUGAUCAAGUCGUUAGUCAACGCCGGGGACGUCGAGGCGGCGACGCGCGCGUACGACGACGCGGUGAAGACACACGAGAUGACGCCGACGCUUCCGAUGAUAAACGCGCUGCUCGCGGGUUUAGCGAGGAGCGGGAGUUGGCGCGAGGCGAUUCGUCUCGUCUCCGACGACGUCAUCGGCAGCGCGUCCGUCGCCGCGGACAAUAAGCUCAUCGCGCUGUUCACGGAAGCGUUUGAGGUUGGAGGCGAAGAGGAGCAAGCGAAGGUCGCGGCGCAGAUGGGGCUGUGGCUGACCGGGUCGGACGACGCGCUCGUCGCGCACUUGAUCGCUGAGGACGAGCGAGUCGGGGAGCGAGUGUAG